AUGGCGUCUCGAGAACCUUUGGUCUGGAUUGAUUGCGAGAUGACCGGACUCAACGCAGAGACAGAGUCCCUCCUUGAGAUCGCCUGCUUCAUUACCGACCACGAUCUGAACAUGCUAGACUCGCAAGGCUUCCAGACUGUCAUCCACCACCCCAGAUCGCGCAUGGCCCAGAUGGACGCAUGGUGCACGCAGCAUCAUGGCGACUCCGGUUUGACCGAGCGAGUCGUUGCGUCCACGACGACCUCGGAGCAGGCCGCCGAUGCUCUCCUCGCGUAUAUCCGGCGCCAUGUGCCGACGGAGCGCACAGCUCUGCUGGCCGGGAAUUCCGUGCACGCUGAUCGAAGUUUUCUUGCCAAAGCGCCCUACGACCGCGUCCUGCGGUAUCUGCACUAUCGAAUCCUCGAUGUCAGCUCACUCAAGGAAGCAGCCAGGCGCUGGGCACCAGAUGAGGCGCUCAAGAGCAUGCCUUUGAAGAAGAACCUGCACGAGGCCCGGGCUGACAUCUUGGAGAGCAUUGCUGAGGCUAGGUAUUACAGGGAUACUUUCUUCGCCAAAGGUCGUUGA